CAUCUAGCUAAACAAUCAGCCCACCUCCACCUCUCCCUCCUCCUCUACAGGAGACCAGGAGGGUGUGGCGCUCAUCCACGGCGUCAUGGCCAUGGAUGGCUGCCACGAGCCCCUACCUUUGACCUAUAAGGGCACCCCCACACCCCACCGAAACCCUAGCCCCUCGCAUCUCUCUCCCUCGCGCCCCCUCCUUCUGCGCCCGCCGACGUCGCGGCGCCCUGACCGGUCCGCCUCUGCCCCGCCGACCUCCUCGCCGUCAUCCACGGCCACCGUCGUCUCCGGCGUGCGGGAGCACGUCCAGGAGGUCCGCCGCGGCCGGAUCCGUCCGCUCCGGGGAUCGCCUCAAGCCGGGACGGUCCGUGUGCUCGCCAUCGAGCCCUUCUCCGCCGCGGACGUCACCAACUCGUCGCCGUUGCCACUGCUCCGGGCCGCCUCCGACCUUCUAACCUCGUCCAUGAGAACCGGGACCCUGAGACCGCUGCCGGUACCCCUGUGAUCGACUACAUCGACAACGAACCCUUCUUGCCAGAGCAACCAG